AUGGACAGGCGCAACAACCCAAGCGCUUUUGCAAAGCUGCGAGACAUCAGCGAGACGGCACCAGCUACUGCAGACGACAUCAGCAUGCGCAAUCACAGCCUUUCUCAAGAUCCCCAAAACAUCAACGAGACGGCACCUCCAACAGCCGAAGACAUCAACGAGCGCAUUCAAGCUCUGCCUCAGGGGCUGCAAGACCACAUCCUCGACUUCACGUUGAUUCCUCACUCCAAAGUCAUCGCCAUCGACGAGACGUACAAGCCGCCAUGGCAACUGGCAGUCAAUCGACGCACCGGAGAAGUCGUAGCUGAAGCAUACUACGGUGGCAGCACGUUCAUCAGUCAAGUUCUCGAGAACCCCAAGCGUCAAGCCUCCGAGUUGCGGUCAGAUGUGCUGCACAAAUGGUUAUCUUCGCUCUGCCCAAAACACAAACGGAAGAUCGUCAGCAUACGCUUCGAUCUCGAACAAGAUGCAUAUUCUCGCUUGAUCUGGGGAGGGAACGUCACUGCUCGGAACGCUCGACUCUUGACGAUAGCCGCUGCUUCCAGAGUGCUGGAGAGAAUGCAAGUGUGGCACGGCGAUCUUGCCGCAGGAGUCAUAUCUGUGCGCUGCAGAUACAUCAAGGUCAAGGGUGUUUGGGAGGAGGCUACUUUUACGGACCAAAUGGAACCGGUGAAAGCUUUCGACAAGCUUCCACUAAUUUGA